CUCAUUUCUUGUUGCAUAUAUGGAUCUUGAUUUAGUUUAUUAGCUUUAUCUGUUGGAUUAUAUGUUAAAGAUUUUGAUUUGGGGUUUCUUUUUUCUUUUUUUGUGAUAAAUUAAUAGUUUUUAUUAGCAGGUAGAAUCUUUAUUGUUAUUUAUUAAUUGUUCUGGUCCCCUACCUUUUCUAUCCUUAGGGCCCUCACAUGGGGUUGAUUUAGUUGCAGCAAAGAAGCAAUCUUUUUAACUAUUUUUAGCUGCUGAGAUAAUUGAAUUAAUUUUUCAGCAUUGUGGGUAAUCAUUUGUACUCAAUUUGAUGAUGUUUGAACUAGGAAUAGGAUACAACGGAGUCGUGGGCACGGAGUUUAAGAAAGGAAAGAAACUUUUGAAUCUUGUGGUCUUAAACUAAAGAUAUGUAUAAUGUACCAAAAUGUGAUUUAAUCUUGUGAUCUUAAACAUGCCAUGUGAGAUACUGGAGUUAAAGAGUUGUCAAAUCAGGAAAGAGGCAUUCUUUUUGAAACAGACUAAAAAGGAAAGUAAGAUAAACAAAUUGAAAGGGAGGGAAUAGUUACAAGGAUUUAGAUAGAUUCUUUUAUCAAUUUACUAGGAAUUUGUGAAACCUUGAUUUGGUUGCAGCAAAGGAGCGAUCUUUUCGUACUUUUUAGCUGCUGAGAUGAACUGAAUUAAUUUUCAGCAUUCAGGGUGAUCAUUUGGGACUGAGGUGUACUAGUUGUAGUUUGUCUAGGUGAUCAAUUGUACUCAAUUGAGGAUGUCUGAACUAGGAUACGGCGGAGUCAUGAAUACUUAGUACUCCAUCUGUCCCAAUUUAUGUGAAGGUGUUUGAUUGGGCAAUAUAGAAAGGUGGCAUUCUUUAUGGGAUUGACUAAAAAUGUAUGUGUGUCACAUAAAUUGGACAGAGGGAGCAGUUAGGAUUUGGAGGGAUUCUUUUAUCAAUUUGCUAGGACAUGUACAAAUUAAGGUGCUGCUAAAUUGUUUUAUUGGACGAUAAAGAGCUAACGUGAUGAUUCUGAUUAAUAUGGCACGUUGAGAGGCUGUUGAGAACUGAAGUAUUGCAUUCAAGAUUCAGAUUGGUUACAUAUCAGUUUGCUGGAAAUUCCAGACUUGAGUUGUUAUCCUGUUUGGAUCAGAUUGUGUUGUGAUUAAUGAAUCAAACGUGAUGAUUAGCAUUCUGAAAGAUUAAAACUUUGUAUUUGCGAAAUUUGUGAGAAAAGAAAAAGAGAGGCCGAGAGGCGCCUCCUUUAUUAGUUGAGUAUCAUUGGGACUUUAAGAACCAAACUAGAGUCAUGAAGCAUCAAUUACGAAAUUGCUUCUCAAUGGUCUGUUUUGAGUUAUUUUGAAUCCGAUGUUAAGUUAUACUUUGGGAAAGAUCCAAUGUAGUUUUAUACAUAUACUUGACAUUGCCAGGAGUCAAAAUCGAAGCAAGUCUUUCUGCAAAAAAUAAAAAAUAAAAAAGAGGAGGGUGCAAAGGUGACAGUUUUCUGAAUAUAAUCGGUAUGUUCAAGUUGAUGUUAAUAGAUGAGCUAAACUGCUUUUGGGUAUGGCUAGAUUGUGUUUGCUUUAUCUGGACAUAUACUUUUGACUUAUGACUUUUCUGCAGUGAUCGACUCCUAAAUUUGGUCAAUUUUCACAAACCAAAUGUUCUUGGAUACAACAACAACAACGUACCCAGUGUAAUCCCACAAGUGGGGUCUGGGGAGGGUAAGAUGUACGCAGAAUUACCUCUACCUUUAUGGGAUAGAGAGGCUGUUUCCGAUAGACCCUCGGCUCAGAAGAAAAAGAGUAGUCUAAUGGAGCAAGCUAGACCACCAAGCCAAGUUGACAUUUUUGCUUGUGAAUGCUCAUUUUCUUAAGGAAUCAUGAACUGUUUUUUAAGACCGAGCCUACAAUUAGUCAAUGGGUUCAAAAGCAGUUGAAGAUUUGAUUCAGGCUUCAUCAGGAGCUCAUUAUUCUGGAUUCCAUUUAGAAGAGCCACGUGCUUCAGAGAUUGAGCAACCAACAACUUCUAUAGAUGAAAGUAUUAAGCAACCCUUUGUUAUAGGAGUUGCUGGAGGUGCUGCAUCAGGCAAGAAGACAGUUUGUGAUUUGAUUAUUGAUCAACUUCGUGAUCAGCGUGUUGUCCUAGUUAACCAGGAUUCAUUUUAUCACAAUUUGACACCAGAAGAACUCACAAAAGUUCAUGAGUACAACUUUGACCAUCCUGAUGCAUUUGACACCGAGCAAUUGUUGCGUGUGAUGGAGAAAUUGAAGCAUGGACAAGCUGUAGAUAUUCCAAAAUAUGAUUUUAAGAGUUAUAAAAAUGACGUAUUCCCCCUCAGAAGGGUCAAUCCUUCGGAUGUUAUAAUUUUGGAAGGCAUUCUCAUUUUUCAUGAUCCUCGUCUCCGAGAUCUGAUGAGUAUGAAGAUUUUUGUAGAUACAGAUGCUGAUGUACGUCUUGCAAGGAGAAUAAGACGUGAUACUGUUGAAAAGAAUAGAGAUAUUGCUACAGUACUAGAUCAGUACUCCAAGUUUGUCAAACCGGCUUUUGAUGACUUCAUUCUUCCAACAAAGAAGUAUGCUGACAUUAUCAUUCCCCGGGGUGGAGACAAUCAUGUUGCAAUCGAUUUGAUUGUUCAACAUAUCAGGACGAAACUUGGUCAACAUGAUCUUUGUAAAAUAUACCCUAACUUAUAUGUUAUUCAAUCUACUUUCCAGAUACGUGGCAUGCAUACAAUUAUCCGUGAUGCGCAGACGGAGAAACAUGAUUUUGUGUUUUACGCUGAUCGAUUGAUUCGGUUGGUUGUUGAACAUGGACUAGGCCAUCUGCCAUUUACGGAAAAACAGGUGAUCACUCCAACUGGAUCUGUAUACAGCGGUGUAGAUUUUUGCAAGAGGUUAUGUGGUGUCUCUGUAAUUAGAAGUGGAGAGAGCAUGGAGAAUGCCUUGCGUGCAUGUUGUAAAGGUAUCAAGAUAGGCAAGAUUCUUAUCCACAGAGAGGGCGACAAUGGUCAGCAGCUGAUCUAUGAAAAACUACCAGAAGAUAUUGCACAAAGGCAUGUCCUUUUGUUGGAUCCUAUCCUUGGCACGGGGAAUUCAGCAGUUCAAGCUAUUUCUUUACUGUUAAAGAAGGGAGUCCCAGAGUCCAACAUUUUAUUCCUCAAUCUUAUUUCGGCACCCCAAGGAGUACAUGUUGUCUGUACGCAUUUUCCAAGAAUAAAGAUUGUGACAUCUGAGAUAGAAAGUGGUUUGAACGAAGAAUUUCGUGUUAUCCCUGGAAUGGGGGAGUUUGGUGACAGGUAUUUCGGUACAGAUGAUGUCUAAACAUAGACUGGUUACCCUUCUCUAGCUCUCAGUCGUGUGAGAGAUGUACCUUCUAAUAUCAACCCAAUCAAUAUUCUGAGGACCAUCAAGAAGAAAAGGAGCAAAGAUUAACCAACAAUGCGUUGAGCUUUGGAUAUUUUAGAAUUGUAUUUGACUAUAGUUGCUUCAGUAAUGCAAUUUUCAAACUAUUUUUACAUUUGAGUCGGACUAGUUUUUUUCUUAUGAGUCACAAGAGCAAGAGCGACGAUCAAAUCGGUUCCAUUAGCAGGGAAUGGGCUAAGACUUACGAGUCGAAGACCAAGCUAGAGUCACAAUAGAAGAAAAAGGAACAAAUAAAAGAAUGAAUAAAUAUUACAAUGUGUAUGUAAUUAUAGCUAGUUCUUUACUUAUGAAUGAUAAGAUGCACCAUGUCAAUGACAUAAUACAACUAUAAUUUUUGUA